AUUUUUAAUUUAUUAUAAAAAGCAAAUAGAAUUGAUGAAAGCUAAGGGCAUUGUCGCUAAGAUAAGCACAGCUGUUAAGACGGAGAUUAGAGAAAAGUGGAUGAAUCUUGAUGAAGAUUCUAAAUUAGAGUACAAGAAGGAAGCACGUGAGAAUUUUGAAAAGUAUGCUAAUUUGUCACAUAAUAUUCCUCGCAAAUCACGUAAAGUUUCAUUAUAUUCUCGGUGUGCCCCUAAUCGUGUUCAUUUGAUGGCUUUAAAUUUAAAUGAAAGACAAAGAUUUGUUAUUCGAGAAAUGGGAUUUGGUAGUAUGUUGGAUUUAAGGUCUAUACAGUUGGAUAGAGAUUUUUGCAAAUGGUUAGUUGAUCAUUUUGACCACAAUUCUUGUGUAUUGGAUAUUUGUGGAAGGAGGUUACCAAUAUCCACUGAAGAUGUAGAAUUUAUUAUAGGAAUAAAAUCAAGUGGGGUAGAUGUGUCUAUUGUUGCAAGCGCUGAAGAGAUAAAUCAUAUAUGCCUACAACAUGGAUUAAAUGUGGUAGGGGAUAUACCAAUUAACCUCUUAGAGGGUAAGCUGAAGGAGAUGAAAACAUCAGGAAAAGAAUUUGUUGGUUGUUUUUUGCUGUUUCUAUUGGGUACUUUAUUAUGUCCCACUCCAAAACCUUAUAUCAAAUGGUCCUUUAUCUCAAUUCUGCUUAAUAUUGAUGAGUUCAAAAACUUGAAUUGGGCAAAGUUGGUGUUGGAUUUUUUUAUUCAAGGUGUGCGCAAAUAUAAAGAAAAGAAUCGUGUUGGCGUUAAUGGUUGCUUGCUAUUUUUAAUGUUGUUUUAUUUUGAGCAUGUCAAUGUUGAAACGAAUCUUGAACAUGUGUCCAAACGACUUCAACCACGUGUUUGUUAUUGGGGGAAAAAAGAAGUUAACCAAACGAUGCUUCAAUUACAGUCAAUUGGAAGUUUUGACAAUCCUAAGUUGGUUGUAACACAAAUGGAUGGUGCACACGCGACAGAAAGUAUUCCACUAGAGAAACAAGAUAUUAAUGAAUCUCAUGCUAUGCCAUCUCAACAUGAAGACAAGCGAAAUAUGGAUUCUGUUGAAGCAAUUUGUAGAAUUGAGCAAUCAAUAACAAGUCUUAGAGAUGAAAUGCUAGUCAUGCAGAAAACCGUGACAAACAUUCCAAACAAUCUGGACACAUUUAAGAAUGACAUUCUUUUGGAGUUAAAGAAAACAGCAAGGGAACAUAGUGGACAUUCCAAUGACCUCAACUUAAAUGAUAUUGUAGAUGUUAAAAAAGAAAUGAAGUCUGCAUCUCCAUAUAUAAUCCAAGACACAAUGGAUCAAGAUGAUACAGUAUGUGCUAAAAAUGAAUCUAAGAUAGAGUCUACAUCUCCAGUUCAAGACAAAAUGGAUCAAGAUGAUACAGGGCACAUUAAAAAAGUAUCUAAGAUGGUGUCAAUGAAGGAAGACUACAAUGUUCACAUUGCUGGGCUAAAUCAAUCUAAUCAAAAACCUGGCAGUAAAACACCCUUAUCUCAUAAUGUGGAUGUGGAUAUGCUGCAAUUAACUUUCCCUCAUAAUGUUCAACUUAAAGCAUCACGGGUUACACCUUUUAGCAGGAACAACUUCUCACCUCCAAAGCUUUCUCCUCAUCAUAUAUAA